AUGCUCACUGAACUUAAACGAUGGAAGAUGAAGAAAUGCUACGACAGCCAUGACACAACAACUGCAGAUAGCACUGCCAUAAUGCGUCAUUUUAUUAGAAAUCUGGGAAAAUAUGUCUGCUCAUGCCCCUCCUGCCCCUCCUACUGUGCCUCCUGCCCCUCCUGCUGUCCCUCCUGCCCCACCUACCGUCCCUCCUGCCCCUCCUGCUGUCCCUCCUGCCCCUGCUACUGUCCCUCCUGCCCAUCCUUCUGUCCCUACUGCCCCUCCUACUGUCCCUCCUGCCCCUCCUACUGUCCCUCAUACCCCUCAUGCGGCUUUUCCUUCCCUUCCUGCUGUCUCUACUGCCCCUCCUGCUAUUGUUCCUGCCCCUACUGUUGUUCCUGCCCCUCCUGCUGUAUGUCCUGCCCCUCCUGCUGUCCCUCCUGCCCCUCCUGUUGUCCCUCCUGCUGGGCCUGCUGACCAUCCUGCUGUCCCUCCUGCUGUACCUCCUGCUGUCCCUCCUGCUGUCCCUCCUUCUGUCUCUCCUGUCCCUCCUGCUGCCCCUCCUGCUGUUGCUCCAGUCCCUCCUGCUGUCUCUCCUGCUCUUUCUGCUGCCCCUGCUGCCCCUCCUGCUGUCUCUCCUGCCCCUCCUACUGUCUCCCCUGACGCUCCUGCUGUCCCUCCUGCCCCUCCUGCUGUCUCUCCUGUCCCUCCUGCUGUCCCUCCUGUCCCUCCUGCUGUCUGUCCUGUCCCUCCUGCUGUCCCUGCUGUCCCUCCUGCUGUCUCUCCUGUCCCUCCUGCUGCCCCUCCUGCUGUCUCUCUUGCCCCGCCUGCUGUUUCUCCUGCCCCACCUGCUGUUGCUCCUGCCCCUCAUACUGUUGCUCCUGCCCCACCUGCUGUUGCUCCUGCCCCUCAUACUGUUGCUCCUGCCCCUCAUACUGUUGUUCCUGA